GGUAGGGGUUGACCAGACCAAAAUGGAAAGGGCUCUCUUUUCAUGGGAAAAAAUCGAAAACAGUCAAACAAAUCCGAGUACGGUACCGUGUUGUCAAUGGUGAAUGCAUGCUGACGUGGCAGUCGAGUUCUCCUGCUUGCUUUCAUAAAUCUCGCAGAAAAUGAUGGCGGGGAAAGCGAUGCUUAUGAGGCUCAGUUCAUCUCUCUUUAACAGAACACCAGACACAAAACUAAACUGUGUCUCUGUUAGUUCGUCUGAGACUUUGAGGUUAAGGGUUCAGUUAAGAUCCUUGUGUCACUCCCUCUGCUUCACGCACACUCACAUUCCCGCUUCAAAAUUCGAUGUUGGGGGUUAGAUCCCCUGGGUGAGGGCCCCCACAGCGAGUUUUUGUAUUUAUUCGGUUUUGGGAUAUGGCGGAAUCAUCUACCACUUCUGCUGUUUCAGUUGAUUUCAUUUCCAGAGACAACAACAGGUUGUGGAAAGGGGCAUUUGCUGUGGCUGGAAUCAUGGUUACCCUCGUCACCUAUGGUCUCUUGCAGGAAAAGAUCAUGAGAGUACCAUAUGGAGCAGAAAAAGAGUAUUUCAAAUAUUCACUGUUUCUUGUUUUCUGCAACCGCAUCACAACAUCCGCUGUUUCUGGUGGUUCUUUGCUGGCAAGUAAAAAGGCUAUGGACCCGGUAGCUCCUGUUUUUACUUAUUGCCUUAUCUCGGUAUCAAACAUACUAACUACAACUUGCCAGUAUGAGGCCCUCAAAUAUGUUAGUUUUCCUGUUCAGACCCUUGCAAAAUGUGCAAAAAUGAUACCAGUUAUGGUCUGGGGCACCAUCAUCAUGCAGAAGAGAUACCACGGACCUGACUAUUUGUUCUCUUUUUUAAUUACCCUUGGCUGCUCAGUAUUUAUCCUGUAUCCGGCAGGAACAGACGUAAGUCCUCACAAUAGAGGAAGGGAAAAUACAGUUUGGGGUGUUCUCCUAAUGGUUGGCUAUCUUGGGUUUGAUGGCUUUACAAGCACAUUCCAAGAUAAGUUGUUUAGAGGCUAUGACAUGGAGAUACAUAAUCAGAUAUUUUACACAACAUUAUGUUCUUGUAUUCUUAGCCUGACAGGUCUUAUUUUACAAGGGCAUCUAAUACCAGCAGUAGAAUUUGUUUAUCAGCAUCACGAUUGUUUCUUUGACAUAGCAUUGCUUUCAACAGUUGCAACAAUUAGUCAAUUCUUUAUCUCGUACACAAUUCGCACUUUCGGUGCUCUGACUUUUGCAACCAUAAUGACCACAAGACAGUUGUUGAGCAUUAUGCUGUCAUGUGUGUGGUUUGCCCAUCCUCUUAGCUGGGAACAGUGGAUUGGAGCUGUCAUUGUCUUUGGAUCCCUUUAUGGAAAAAGCUUUACGAGGAAACCACCUCAAAAGACAACCUCAUCAUCAGCAGAACUUGUUCAAAAUGGGGAUUCAAAUAAUUUGAAGCACAAUCCAUGACUUAGAUGGAGCUAAAUUUUACCGAACUGACAACUGCUAAUGUCUGCUGUGGUGGUAUGGCUUCAGCUUUAAGUUCAGAGUUGCUCUUUCAUUAUCAUGAUCGUGGAUAGCUUCAUUAUACAGAGUUGGUUUGACUUAAUAUCCAGACAGCGCCAAUUACAGCUAGGUUUGCAGAUAUUGGUAUCACAGUCAUAACAAUAGAGAACUUCAAAGAAUUUUAACCCCUGGUUUUUCUGUUGGGGAGAUCAAUUACAGACUGACCAGAGCCAAAAGAUGUUUAUAGACUGAAACAUGUACAAUGAUUUGAUCAAGCAAAGUUGCUACUUUGUUCUAUUUAUCAGAAAUUUGUAAAGGAGAGAUAGUAGUUUGUGGUUUCCAGGACUCAUGUUUUACUUAAAACCGUAAUUGUCAAAUUUAUAAUGGUCUAAUCUAUAAGCAUACUGUUCAGAAUUAUAACAGGCAUUGAAUAUACUAACAUCGUUCGUAUGGAUGAAGCUGCAUGAGGUAGCAUAGUGUCACUUUUCUGUGUAUUAUGUCUGCUAGAAUGAAACACUUCAUCCAUUCUCUCUCUCUUCUAUUGAAACACAUUUUGUUUAUUCUUAGGAAGACAACAUCUAAUAAACAAGAGAAGUCUGGCUGAAAUGAA